CUCUCGCACAGUCGCACAUUUUCUUUCUCCAUUCCUUUAUGCGUAUCACUAUUCCCUCCAUAGCCGAGGACCUCAACUUUGGAUCUGCUCGGCCAUCGUUGAUACUGCAGCCUUCACCUCUACAACCUACAACAUCGCAACGCCUCCUCUCGGCUAGGUAGUCACCUCUUGUUUCUCUCUUUUCUGCACGCACCAAUCUCUCUCCUUCGUUCCUCUCCCUCAUUUCUUCAUGGCUACCGCAUUUCUCCAUAGCCGCUGCAUUUUUGCGUGGCCAAAGCUCUUCCCUCAAGUCCAGGAAGCCGGGGUCCAUACCCGUGUUAAAGAUGCCAUGGCCUGCAUCAUGAUCGAGCAUGCCCUCAUGCCAGAAAACGUGUAUCAGAUUGGCUGAGGAAGAUGAGUCUGUCACGGGAGCGAUCGAAAUUCAGGGUCUAAGAUCCAAUGUUUUGGCCUUCUGGGCAACCAGCUAGCAUUUUGAUCUAAGGAAAAUAAGGUUUUUAUCCCGACUCCUUAAACCCUAAGCCCUGCUCAUGCUCUCUGUGUGAAGCCUCCGAAGCUCCUCAUGGUUCAUUCUGAUACAGCCAAGUACAAUCUCCCUCUUCUAUUUCUAAUUUUUGUUGCUUUUCUUUGUGAAAUCUGAUGGAUGUGCUAGAUUUCUGGUUUUUGAUGAGGGUGUCUUUAUCUUGUGUUUUUGGAGGUGUUCGGUGUCUUGGUGUAGCCGUGAGUGAGGCUGUGUGUGUAGGUGAGUGAUGUGAGAUUGGUUUGACAGAAUCUGAGAUUCGGAUGAUGUAAGCGUUCUGUGUGUGGCUGUGAGUGAGGCUGAUGAGUGUUCUGGUUAGGGCUGCUCGAGAUUGAAGAUGGAGACGAGUUGACCUUGUCUCAAACCAGAUGAGUGAGCAAUAAACCAGGGUGGAUUAGGAUUCUGGAUGGCUCAGAGUGUGUCACGGACCUGUCACGUGUGGAGGUUGGGCUUGUGGGUGAUUUUCAAAGCUAGGCUAGUUUUUGUAAAGAAGAAAGACUGGAUAUUGGGUUUAUUUUGAAAAAUUGGACAUGGGUUAGGUCAGGUCAAAUUUAAAAUGGGCUUAGUUAAACCAAAUUUAAGAUGGGCUCUAAUGCUAAAUGGGCUAAGUCUUUAGUGAUUUCAUUUUAAAAAUUUGAGUGGGCUGAGCCUUAAAAGGGAUGAGGCCUGGUGUUAGGGUGUGACAAUGUAAUGGGGAAAAUGGGGGAGUAAGAUACUCUGCUAUAAUUGUAUUCUUCAGGGAUUUAGAAUGAAUAUAUGAAUAUCUGUGUUAUCGCUUGUAUGGUGAUUCUCUUGUAGAUGAAUAAUGCAAGUAGUUCUUUUCAUUGUGGUGUUCUGUUGCCUUGGAUUAUGAUGUCUCUGAUUGUUAUAGUUUUAUUCGAUGUAUAAGAAUAUAUUGCUCAUGUGAAAUCCUAUUGUUCAUUGUUUUCCUUGAGUAUUAAGACUCACCUGGUGCUCGUGCUUGCAGGCUUGAACGUGUGAGAGUUGGCUGACUUGUCGAGGGGGAGCUCUCAACAAGUGCCACACGGCCCUUAGUUGAGUCUCAUUUUGGGGGUCCGUGACAGUUGGUAUUAGAGUACAGUGUGUGCGAGCACCAUGCGUGGGAUUAUGAGAAAUAAGUCAAGAAGAGUGAAACACAUUGAGGCGCUUGAGACAAAACUUGCAACCCUAGAGACAACGUGCGGUGAGAGACUUGAGGAACUUGAAAAAUUCAUUCCAAGUGUGAAAUCCCUGGAGAAAUGGCCAAGAGAGCUUGAGGCCUUCCAGAAAAGUAUCGAGCAGUUGGAAGCCUUUGAGAGCAGGCUACAACAUAUUGAGGGCAUAUUGCCAUCUCUUUCGUCCCAAUGGGGAGAGCCAAUAGAGCUUGAGGCCUCCUUACGGGAGCUAACGGAUAAUCUUGAUUUCCUUACAGAAGAUGUUAAAGUGUCCAUUACUGUUUUGAAGGAAGAUUUGAAGGAGUUGGGCAAUGUCCAAAGUGCGGUGGUCCAAGUCCAGAGGGAUUUACAAGAGAUUACUGCGAAAGUGAAUGCAAUGGCACAGUUAGCCCGAUGGCCAGCUGCACAUCCAAAUGAGAGUUCUCGAUGGAAGGUACCGGAACCUAAAAGUUUUGGGGGUACACGAGAUGCAAAGGAGCUGGACAAUUUCUUCUUUGAUAUGGAACACUACUUCACGUGCUCCCGAGUGGAUUUAGAAGUGGACCGGGUCAAUAUGGCAACGGUAUACCUAGUUGGGGAUGCAAAAUUGUGGUGGAGAACUAAAUGGAAUGAUAUUCAGCACAAUAGAUGUGUCAUUAACACAUGGGAGGGGUUGAAACAUGCGUUGAAUGCCCAAUUCUAUUCAGAAAAUGUGGAGUAUAUAGCAAAGUGCAAAGUAAUGGAAUUGCAACAGACGGGCUCAUUAAGGAGUUAUGUAAGGGAAUACCAAGCCUUGAUGUUGGACAUUGUAUACAUGACUGAAUCGGAUAAACUGAUUCAUUUUCUUCGUGGUUUGAAGACAUGGCCAAGAAAUGAAAUACGUCGGCAAGGUGCUGGUGAUCUCUCUUCUGCCCUCGCUGCUGCUGAACGGUUGGAUGAUUUUUCAGAUAAUUCUGGGAAGCGAAAUUUCUCUACAUCCAUCAAUAAUGAUUCCCGUCCCAACAAAGUGUAUAAGCCCACAAAUGGGGGAAGGGAUAAGGAGACAAAUAGUUCUUGGAAAGAUAAAAGAGCGCCCAUGAAUAGGGAGUGGAGGGACGGGCGAAUGGGGGGUCGAGAGCGUCUACCGAUCUCUUUUUUUCUUUGCAUGGGACCACAUCGAGUGGCGGAGUGCCCCGAUCGUAAGGCUUUGAAUGCUAUGAAGGCCCUUAGAGGGGAAACCGAAACCUCGAUAGCAAUUCCAGAAGAACACCCGAAUAUGGUGGGAGCCUUGAGAUUUUUGGGGGCAUUAGAGCGUCAAGUAAUUAACAACAAGUCUCAGGAGAAGGGACUAAUGUAUGUGGAUCUAUUUUUGAAUGGAAAGAAAAUCAGGGCCAUGAUUGAUACAGGGGCCACCCAUAAUUUCAUUGCUGAUUCUGAAGCUCAACGGUUAGAAUUGCAAGUAGUUAAAGAUGUGGGCAAGAUAAAAGCAGUGAAUUCUCCAGCAUUAACCACGGUGGGGGUGGUACCUAAAGUGGUAUGCCAAAUGGGAUCAUGGUCUGGAACAGUUGAUUUCACUGUGGCACCCCUUGACGACUUUGAUGUGGUAUUGGGGAUGGAUUUUUUUAAAGUGACACGCUCAAUGCCGAUCCCAGCUGCGGAUUGUCUUGUGAUAAUGGGAAGUGCACCAUGUGCGGUCCCCGUAGUCUACAAUAAUUUCGAUGAGAGGAAGUUGCUUUCAGCCCUCCAAUUCAAAAAGGGAGUAAAAAGGGGAGAAUCUUCUUUCGUGGUUCUACCAAUAGUCUCAAAAGAUGCAGAAGUAGGGAAAUAUCCACUUGAGAUUAAGGAAGUUUUAGAAGAGUUCAAGGAGGUGAUCCCGGAACAGCUACCGAGGGUGCUACCACCUCGACGACAGAUUGACCACGAAAUUGAACUUUUACUAGGAGUAAAGCCACCAGCACGUGCCCCUUAUUAAAUGGCGUCGCCUGAGUUAGCUGAACUUAGAAGGCAACUAAAUGAUCUUACUGCAGCAGGGUUCAUCCGGCCUUCAAAAGCACCUUUUGGGGCCCCAGUGUUAUUUCAGAAGAAACAAGAUGGUAGUUUGCGCUUUUGUAUAGAUUAUCGGGCUCUUAAUAAGGUGACCGUGCGCAACAAGUAUCUUAUUCCACUGAUUGUUGAUAUUUUCGACCAGUUAAGUACAGUUAGAUAUUUCACGAAACUGGACUUAAGGUCGGGAUAUCAUCAAGUGCGCAUUGUUGAGGGAGAUGAACCGAAGACCACUUGUGUCAUACGGUAUGGAGCAUUUGAAUUCCUUGUCAUGCCUUUUGGGCUAACAAAUGCACCCGUUACCUUUUGUUCUCUAAUGAAUCAGGUUUUUGGGGCUACCUUGAUCAGUUUGUUGUUGUUUACCUUGAUGACAUACUGGUUUUCAGCGCAUCCUUAGAAGAACAUAAAGAUCAUCUUCGAAAGGUUUUUCAAAAACUCAAAGAAAAUCAUUUAUAUGUAAAAGGGGAGAAGUAUGCUUUCGCUCAAAAGCGUAUUAAAUUUUUGGGGCAUAUCAUUGAGGAGGGCCAGAUUCGGAUGGAUUCAGCUAAAGUAAAAACUAUCAAGGAGUGGCGAGCACCUACAUCCGUUAGAGAACUGCGAUCUUUCUUGGGUCUAGCCAACUACUACCGAAAGUUUAUAGAGGGGUAUUCUAGAAGAGUUGUAUUGUUAACGAAUUUAUUGAGGAAAGGGGUACCAUGGGGGUGAUCAGAAGAGUGCCAAUCAGCAUUUAUUAAAUUAAAAGAAAAGAAUGUAGGAGAUCCUGUGCUAAUCUUUCCUAAUGUGACAAAACCGUUUGAAGUGCAAGUAGAUGCCUCAGACUUUGCAUUAGGGGGAGUUCUCUUGCAGGAAGGGCAUCCAGUUGCUUUUGAAAGUAGAAAAUUGUCGGGUGCCGAAUGGAACUAUACAGCACAAGAAAAGGAGCUUCUCGCAGUGGUACAUUGUCUUCGGGUGUGGAGGCACUAUCUUUUGGGGUCCAAAUUUGUGGUAAAAACCGUUAAUGUGGCAGUUACUCAUUUUUUGUCACAACCUGGACUAACGUCAAAACAAGCCCGUUGGCAGGAGAAGCUAGCUGAAUUUGAUUUUGCUUUUGAAUAUAAAGUGGGGAAGACGAAUGAAGUGGCCGACGCUUUAAGUAGAAAAACUGAAUUGGCAGCAUUGAAAAUCAUCAGUCAUCUAUCAACUAGUAGGGUGGCGCUACCUUUGAAGAAUCUUAUCAAGGAACAUUUAAGUACAGACCAGCAGGCGCAGUCACUAAGCAAACUAAUAGAUGAAGGGAAGACACGACAAUUCUGGGUAGAAGAUGGACUGAUAAUGACUAAAGGCAGGAGAGUCUAUGUGCCUAAAGCUGGAAACUUGAGGAAAACCUUACUGAAAGAGUGUCAUGAUACGUUGUGGGCUGGUCAUCCGGGAUGGUGAAGAACUCAUGCUUUGAUUACACAAGGGUACUAUUGGCCGAAUAUGCAAGAUGAUGUGAUGAGUUAUACUAAAACGUGCUUGAUCUGUCAACAAGACAAGGUAGAAAGAAAGAAGACCUCAGGUUUAUUGGAGCCAUUGCUAGUUCCUGCUAGGCCAUGGGAGAGUGUCUCUUUGGAUUUCAUUUCCUCGUUGCCAAAAGUAGAGGAGUUUGACACAAUUUUGGUGGUGAUUGAUCGGUUCUCAAAGUAUGCAACUUUCGUACCGGUCUCGAAGCCGUGUUCAGCAGAGAAGACAGCUCAGUUAUUCUUCAAGCAUGUGGUGAAGUAUUGGGGUGUUCCAGAAAGCUUAAUUAGUGAUAGGGAUGUUAGAUUCACGGGGGGAUUUUGGGGUGAACUCUUUCGCUUGAUGGGUUCAAACCUUAAUCUUUCCACGAGUUAUCACCCAUAGACAGAUAGUCAAAUUGAACGUUUUAAUGGGAUGCUGGAAGAAUACUUGCGACAUUUUGUUCACUCCAAUCAGAAGAAUUGGGUUACUUUACUGGACACGGCACAAUUCUGUUUUAACUCUAUGAAAUCUUCUGCAACUAAUAAAAGCCCUUUUGAGAUUGUGACAAGUCAACAACCGACUCUUCCACACACUCUAGAUGGUCCAUACAAAGGAAAUUUCCCAAAAGCCUACCAAUUCACGAAAAAUUGGUUGCAAAACAUCAAAGUCACCUGAGCUCAGUUAGAAAAAGCAUCCAAGGGCAUGAAGAAAUGGGCUGACAAAGGGAGACGACCACAACAAUUUGAAGCUGGAGAUCUGGUUCUUGUAAAAGUGCCGCCGGAGACAUUUCACUUUCUUCGUGGCAAGGAUAAAAGGCUGUUACGUCGUUACGAAGGUCCAAUCAGAGUAAUCGAAAAGGUGGGACAUGCAUCUUAUUGGCUUGAGCAACCCGAGUGGAUGAAAAGCCACAGACAUCCAGUCCAUCCCGUGUUUCAUGUAAGCAAUUUAAAGCCAUUCUACACAGAUGAAGCAGAUUAGCACCGACAAAAAUUAAGGAGAUCAAGAAUUUCCAGAAGGCAUCCUGUCACCAAAGAAGUCCAGGAGAUCAUUGCAGACAGAGUCGUCAAUCUAGAAGGUCGUCAACAAAAACAAUUUCUGGUUCAGUGGUUAGGACUGGGGGAAGAAGAGAAUAGUUGGGAAACAGCAGACAACCUUCAACAUGCCAUACAGAAGAUUGAAGAUUUCAGAAAUUCGUAGUCAACGACAUCUACAUCGACAUCAGAAGAGUGAGAAGACCGUCUACAACACAUCAACGAGGACGUCGAUAAAUUGAGUGGGGGAGGAUGUUAGGGUGUGAGAAUGUAAUGGGGAAAAUGGGGGAGUGAGAUACUCUGCUAUAAUUGUAUUCUUCAGGGAUUUAGAAUGAAUAUAUGAAUAUCUGUAUCAUCGCUUGUAUGGUGAUUCUCUUGUAGAUGAAUAAUACAAGUAGUUCUUUUCAUUGUGGUGUUCUGUUGCCUUGGAUUAUGAUGUCUCUGAUUGUUAUAGUCUUAUUCGGUGUAUAAGAAUAUAUUGCUCAUGUGAAAUCCUAUUGUUCCUUGUUUUCCUUGAGUAUUAAGACUCACCUGGUGCUGGUGCUUGCAGGCUUGAACGUGUGAGAGUUGGCUGACUUGUCGAGGGGGAGCUCUCAACGAGUGCCACACGACCCUUAGUUAAGUCCCAUUUUGGGGGUCCGUGACACCUGGCUUUUUUCUGAAAUGGGUUGAGCUUCGGGUCUCUUAGGAAAUGGGCUAUUGGUUUAAAAUUUGCAGUGGGCUUGGGUUGGGUUGUUGCAGGAUUAUUUUGAAAUGGAUAAUAGGCUGAGUUGGGAGUUUGAAUGGGUUCGGGUAUGUUGAAGGUUGGAUGACAAUCUGAUGUUAAAAGCUCAGCAUGGGUCCAAAGUCUGUGGGCUGCCUGGUUUAGUGUAUUCAAAUGGGCAAAAGGCUAUAAAAAAUGAUGGGCUUUAGUUAUAGAUUUGAGUUAGGGUUCUGAAAGUGGGCUUGGGUUAAAUACGUAGGUCGCAGACUCCUGGGUCUGAGAGGGAGCUCGGGUACGAGUUAGAUGGGUCGAGAUUUUGGGUACAGGUGAUUUCUCAGGACGACCCCGAAUUCGAAUUCUGAUUCGAUGCUCGGGUUAGAGCAUGAGACUCAGGGUAGGGGGAGACCUGCAUUUACAUUUUCACAAAUAGUGCUCAAAUGGAAAGAUACAGGGGAGGGGGUAUUGGGCUUUACCUUGGUUUUCUCUCCUCCGGUCUUCUUUUCCCUGCGCUGUGUGUUUGUCUGUGUUGGAAUCAGCCCCUCGGCUUUGCCCCCUCCUUCUCUGCCUCUUUGUGAUGCUGCGGGUGUUCCCUACUUCUGCUUCUGAAAAUUUUGCUUCUCCGUCUGGUUACAGAGUUUCUCUAGGCUCUCAGAUCCCUCUUAUUUUCCCAGCAUUUCUUCUCUCCAAAUCAAUUCUUAAUUUGAGCAGCACCUCCCCUUUUUUUUGAAUUUCUCCUUCUCUCGAUCUCAACGGGGUUUCGCUAACUCUAAUCCUCUCCUCUCCUAAUUUCUGCAGGGCUCUAUUAGCUCUCUCUAAUUUUGUCUCAAUUCUUGCAGAGUUCCUAUGUUCUCCAAGGGGUGUUCUUCUACAGUGUGCGAGCCUCCCUAUUUAUAGGGAGACUGGGGGAUGAUUUUGGCACCAAUUCCUCUCUUCCAGCGUGGAUUAUUCCAACGGAUUUCCCCUCUGCCAGGGAAUAUUUGCGUAACCAUUUUAUUCCUUCCCCGCGCGUGAGUUAUUUCUUUUUGAGAAUUGUCUUUUAGCCAUGACUAUGUUCUGGUGCGCAUGAGGGUUUGGGGAGGGCCGAGUGUCAGUACAGGGAUGGCGGGCAUUUUGGGGUGCCUCCAUGUGGCGAUAUCAAAUUGAUGAAUACUCCAGAUGGUGGCACUCGAGUGGAGGGCUUGGCAUCUUCAUUUUUAUUGAAUUUUGUAUUUUUCUAUUUUUGUCAUUUCUAUAUGAAUGUAACACGGUUUACCACCCUCCUUGUAACCAUUAUUUGUAUACAUUAUUAUUUCCCCA